AAUAAAUGUAUUUAUCCUUGUUUCUACACGUUGUUAUUUGCACGAAAUUUACGUGCUGUGUUGAUAUAUAAGCUAGCGGUUCGCUAAAGUUAAUCAUUCGAGGUCUUCACAUUGCAUUGAAUAGUCAAUCACGUUUACAAGUUUGAUAUCAAUGGCUGAUAACGAAGAACUGCAAGACGAGCGACCACGUGGUUAUAUUUGCAGAGAUAAUUCGGAUAAUUCUAGAGACGAUGUUGUUUCACAGUCUUUUGAUUUGAUGAGAAAUUACUUUGACCAGCAAUUUAAUUCGCUAAAGAGAGAUUUAAGAGACGAAGUGCAUACUUCUUCAAUCGAAACUUUUAAACGUUUUCGAGGAGAUUGCAGUUCUUACACGUUCAAGUAUAAAGGGAAUCAGCGUCAACAUACAUUCAAUUCUGACUUGAUUCAAGAUUUAGAAUUAACUUCAGACUUGCUCAAGAAAGGUGAAAGGCGUCAGUCUGUUUUGGACAGCCUCUGUGACAUUCGUAAAAAACUGAGUCGGCGCAACAAGCUCAUAAAAAUUGCAGACAAGUCACCCGCUGGUUGGGAUACAGUGAACGAGUAUUUAUCAGACGAACUUGCCAGCGAUAGCGAGGAUGACAAGAAGCUCCGUCGAGCGGAAAAACGGGCUCUUGAGAAGAAGAAACCACGCCCGACCAAAAAGCCUAACUCGAGCGCUUCGUUCACUUCUGGUCUUGUUUCUUCUUGUAUGGACAGUCAACUCGGUGCAGCAGUACUUCCGGGUAAUUCGACUACACCAAGUUCUUUUCGUCAGUUUCGACGAAAUUCUUCCUUCAUCCAAUGUUUCGCAUGCGGCGGGAUUGGACACACCCGACCAGAUUGCCCAAGCAAAAUGCAGGCCCCAAGUACAAACCCUACUACACGUGGAUUCAGCGGACUCUCGUGGCAAAAAGGUGGAGACUUUCCCUCUCAAGUCGUCAAGCAUCAAGGCAGGGAGUCAACAGAAGAUAAAUGAUGAAUUUAAUAAUGAACCGAUUGAGUAAUAAAGUGUACGGUGAUCCAGAGUUAUCCUCCCUGGCUGCUUCACUUCCGGAAGUCGCUCUUUCAUCAAAAGCCUGUAAUACGAGUAAAAAAUACCAGAGAUCCUACAACAGUUGGAGUAAAUGGGCCAGACAGCAUGGUUUGGUCGUUUUCCCUGCCAAUGAUGUGGAUUUUUCUUUAUAUUUAGUGUCUUUAAUACAAAGUUGUAAUUCUCCAUCUACUGUGGAUGAAGCAUUUUAUGGUAUGAAAUGGGCUAAUGAUUUAGCAGGAAAUUUAAAUAAUCCGUGUUCAUCCUUUUUAGUGAAAUCAGUCAGGGAGGCUGCUCAUAGAAUUCUGGGACAUCGUGUUUCUAGGAAAG